GGAUAGUAUCAAUUGUAGUACGCGAGAGGCAAGCAAGCGGGAGCGUAGCGAGGCGUGAGUGUAUCUGAUAUAGGCUACGUUCAACGUGGCCUUUAAAGGCGAUAUCAGUCGUAUGGUGGCAUCAAGUCUGACUGCAGAAUAGCUAUAUUCCAAGAAGUGAUGAUAAGUUGCGUAGGGACUUUGUGACAGUGUUAAACAAGUUAUACGAGUGCGGCCAUUUUUACACCGCGGGAGUUGUUUACGUUCGGACGGUGAGUGUAAUCACAACAUAACCAAAAAUGCUGAAGCUAUUAGGGGGACUGAAGGAUUACUUGAAAUUUCAGGACAUAACGACCGAUAAUGCUAUAUUCCGUUUGCAUAAUACAUUUACCACGGCAUUGUUAAUGGCAUGUUCAUUAGUUAUCACAGCGACACAAUAUGUUGGAAGCCCUAUACAGUGUAUUGUCAGUGGACUACCUACUCAUCCUGUCAAUACUUUCUGCUGGAUCACCUCUACGUUUACCAUGCCUGACGCAUUCAGGCGUCAAGUAGGAGUAGAAGUCGCACAUCCAGGAGUUAGUAACGAUUUUGGCGAUGAAGAUGCUAAGAAGUACUACACCUACUAUCAGUGGGUUUGUUUCGUAUUGUUUUUUCAAGCUAUUCUCUGCUACACUCCGAAAUUCAUCUGGGAUGCUUGGGAAGGAGGACUUCUUAGGACCAUUGUCAUGGGUCUGAACAUUGGUCUUUGUCAUGAGGAGGAGAAAUGUAAGAAAAAGAAGGCGCUACUGGACUAUCUUCUGAGACACGUUAGGAGACACAACAUGUACGCGAUUCGCUACUGGUUCUGUGAGGCGCUCUGCCUGGUCAACAUCGUGGUGCAGCUGUACUUCAUGAACAAGUUCUUCGACGGAGAGUUCCUCAGCUACGGCUGGCGAGUCAUGACGUUCUCCGAGCAAGUGCAGGAAGACCGAGUAGAUCCCAUGGUGUACAUCUUCCCCAGGGUCACCAAGUGCACCUUCCACAAGUACGGAGCCUCUGGAACCAUCCAAAAACACGACUCACUCUGCAUCCUUCCCUUGAACAUCGUCAACGAGAAGACCUACAUCUUCAUCUGGUUCUGGUUCAUCAUUCUGUUGACUCUGCUGUCGUUCCUGGUCAUGUACCGAGCCAUCAUCAUCGCCUGUCCGUCAGUGAGGCCCAUGCUGCUGAGGGCCAGGAACAAGCUGGUGCCGCGGGAAGUGGCGGAGGCCAUAGCGAGGAAGACGGACGUCGGCGACUGGUGGAUCAUAUACAUGCUGAGUCGCAACAUGGACCCCAUCAUAUACCGCGAGAUGAUCACCGAACUGGCCAAGAAGAUAGAAACAGCGGCUAGCAACAGUCAAUGAUACAGGAGCAAAGGCGAGGAAAUUGCCGCCAUCCAACUUGAAGAUCCUGGUCCUGCCCGUGCCUAUUGACCCUAGGCAGCUAUUUUGUAUCUUAGUGUAUAUUUGUAAAGUAUUUUGUUUACGGAAUAUAUGUCGUACUCUACUGUUACUCUCUAUGUGUUCUCUAUUUGAUUUAUUAUUUUGGUUUUGAAAUUCCCAAUUUUUAAAUCUUUUGCAAAGUGUGUUUUGACUGUUUAAAUUAUCGAAUUGUAAGACUGAUAAUUAUUGUUAAUUAAGAUUUUGCUGAAAUUUUAUCAUGACGUAGAAGUUUUUCCGUUUUAUGUGCACAAGUACUUUUUCCUCAAGUCAAUUAAAGAUCAUUCCAUUUUAAGCGUUCCAUAUUCUAAGCUUAUAACAUUUGCUCAGGAUGUCUAUAUGCAUCUUCUUGCCGCUUUUUUCGCUUAAAUAUAUUGUUUCAAAUUCGUGUGAAUUUAUUCAAAUGCUACAGUACUACGUUUUUGUAUCUUCAACUCACUGUACCUUGAAAUAAUAAUUUUUAAUUGUUGUAGGCCUAUUUAAGAACUAAUUGACAAACUAAUUUUCACGAAACUGGCAAAACGUUGUCUAUUGGAUUCCCUGAGCGAAUGUUCCACAUACCAUGCUGUAUAUUUCUCUAUGUGUUCUUGCAGUUGCGACGGUGUUGCCACGAAGACUGCCACUCUUGUGCCUUUGACACUGUCGUGUUGUAUUGACUGUGAUUAUUUAUACUUUUGUAAGCCCAGAGUAGUUAAAGGCCUAAUUGGAAAGCUAAGAUUCGCUGUAUUCAGAUUGGGAAUUAUCCUAGUGGAAUGUCUAGUGUUACGUUUGUAUCUAGUGUAUGUAUAUAUCAUUGUGAAUUUGAAUGUAGAAUCGGUUUGUAUUCAGUUCUAUCUUACUCAGUUUAUUUUCUGUUGUAAUUUACAUCGGGCAGACUCAGUGUAUGCUCAAUAUUUAUUACUUUAUUUAUUAUGUAGUAGACCUGCAAUUGGUGACUGAACCGAAGAUUGUUGAUUCCGAUUUUUAAUAACUGUUGUCUCAAACUUUUAGGUUAGAAAUGUGACGUGUGCAUUUGUAGAGUAAAAUAAAUUUACAAAGCUCUGUAUUUUAUAUACAUUUGGUACUUCUUUACUUUUAUGUACUCUAUUUUGUAUCGAUAUUCCAUGGUCGAUUGUUAGACUUUUAAUGAUACUUCAUAUACAUAUACAAUGGUAGCGUUUCGGGCUGCGUAUGUUAGUAAAAGCACACCAUUUAAACUAUAGGCUGUGGUUCCAAAUACUUCCUUACAUUCUACAAUAAAGACAUGUUUUAUACAGUUUUAUACAUAAUAUAUACAGAGUUGUGUACUGUAAGGUUGCUGUUGCUAUGCUAUUGGGCAUCCAGCUAUUACGUUCCAUUUUAUUGUACUUUGUAGUCCAUUGUCAGCAUUAGUGCAUGCUUCAUAUGAUUUGCUAUACAAAUAAAUUCAUGGUUCAAGUAUUUUUAAAA